AUGAAGAAACACUUCUACGCCGUAACCAAGGAUCUUAUAUUAACUUUGAAAGAAUGUUAUACAUUAUUAGUCGAAAUCGAGGCAGUCCUAAAUUCACGUCCAUUGACUGCUUUAUCUUCAGAUCCAAAAGACUUAUCGCCUUUAACGCCAUCACAUUUUUUAAUCGGCGAUUACAUGAUGCAGCCAGUUCAAAAGAGUUAUCUGGAUAUUCCUGAUAAUAAGUUAAGUAGAUGGCAGCAUAUACAGAAGGUUCGUCAGGAUUUCUGGAUUCGUUGGCAAAAGGAAUAUUUAACAGAACUACAACGCAGACAAAAAUGGACCACAGGAGACAAGACUAUAAAGAAGGGAACUUUAAUUUUUUUAAAAGAGGAUCACUUACCAUCUCUACAAUGGACGAUUGGAAGGGUUCAAGAACUGCAUCUAGGACCAGAUGGUGAAACAAGAGUGAUAACAGUAAAAACUGCUAAGGGACAAUAUAAACGAUCAGUGCGGGAUGCUUGUCCUAUACCAAUAGACGAUGUUACAGAAUACUCUUAA